UCUUUCAGGGGUUAUGGAUAAGGACAUUCAACCUUUCCCAUUGAAAUUGGCAGGAAAAUCUUCGAGACGAGAUUGCCUUCUGAACAAGUUGCGCUGCGCUCGUGUUCGCCCCCCUUUUAUGUAACCCUUUUUACAACAUUACGCUUUUUUAUCCUAUUUAAAUCCGCCCCUAUUCUGGCAUUGAUCCUCGUCCACCUAUUCUCGUCUUGUUGAAUGUUCAGCUGAUCGCUCGUUCUAACUUCUUUCACUCUUUUUCUUUUCCCCUUUCUUCCUCCUUUUCUCCUCCCUUUCCCCAUUCAAAGUUCCCCGAUCCACUUGGGGAUGCAUCGCAUUUGAAGGUUAUGAGGAGAACAUCGGUCUCGUUGCCUACUAAGCAAGUACACCACGAUCCUCACGAGAAACCUGCGCGUUACGACUCGGGCCACCGAGAACCCGGCAUCCUGGAGAAAUUACAAUCCGCGACGAUGAACCAGGCCCAGAAGACGCGAUGGCUGAAGACCACAGCCAUCGUUGUUUUCAUGGUGUUCCUGUUCUACUAUUUCUCGCCGAAGGGAGUAGAAGUAGUUAAAGGAGUAUCACAUACUGGCGGUCAAACGCCUUCCGAUUCUUCGUAUGGGACCGACAAAUGCACGAAAUCGUUUUCUAAGGACAAGCCGAUCGUACAAUAUGUCCUCAUGAUCGACGCCGGUAGCACUGGAUCGCGUAUCCACGUAUACAAGUUCAACAACUGCGGCCCGACUCCGGAAUUGGAGAAGGAAUAUUUUGAGAUGACCGAGAAGAGCGUUGGUGGCCUGAGCAAGUAUAAGGACGACCCUCUCGCCGCUGCGAAGACCUUGGAUGAUCUUAUGGCCGUCGCGAUGAAGACCGUUCCCGACAAGUUGAAGGGCUGCAGCCCAGUUGCCGUGAAGGCGACUGCUGGUUUGCGAAUGAUUGGCCCGGAGGCUAGUGACCGAAUCCUGGAAGCCGUUCGCACUCACCUUGAGAAGGAUUACCCCUUCCCUGUCGUCUCGAAAGAGGAGAACGGUGUUGCGAUCAUGGACGGUUCCGACGAGGGUGUGUACGCCUGGAUUACUACCAACUACCUCCUGGGCAAGAUUGGCGGUCCGGACCAGAGCCCCACUGCUGCUAUCUUCGAUCUUGGUGGUGGUUCUACCCAAAUUGUCUUUGAGCCUACGUUUAAGGGAGCUGCGGGCGGUGGCAUGCCCGAGAAAUUGGCCGAUGGUGACCACAAGUACGAACUCUCCUUUGGCGGUCGUAAAUUCGAGCUUUACCAGCACUCUCACUUGGGCUACGGUCUAAUGGCCGCUCGAAACUCGAUCCACCUCAACCUGCUUCACGACAUCUACAGCCAAGAGAAGUCGAAAUCCUUCCUAGAGAAACCCAUUCUUAACCACCCCUGCAUCAACUCGGGCCAGACCGACACUGUCAAGGUCAAGCUCGGCGACGACAGCCCACUAGGACAAGGCGAGGUCGAGCUUAACGUGACUGGCCCCGCGACUCCGGCCCCUGCCCAGUGCCGUGCCCUAGCUGAGCGCAUCCUAUACAAGGACGCGACCUGUAAGCUUGCGCCGUGCUCCUUCAACGGUGUACACCAGCCCUCGCUAUCCAAAACGUUUGCUACGGAGGAUGUGUACAUCUUCUCCUUCUUCUUCGACCGUACCAAGCCGCUAGGAAUGCCCGACAGCUUCACCUUGCGCGAGCUACACGAGCUUGCCCAUGCUGUAUGCGGUGGUGAGCAAGCGUGGGACGCUUUUAGCAAUGUUCCUGGUGCUUUAGACGAACUCCGUGACCGUGGAGAGUAUUGCUUAGACUUGAACUUCAUGAUCGGCCUGCUACACACCGGCUACGAGAUGCCGAUCGAUAGAGAGGUCAAGAUCGCCAAGAAGAUCAAUGGUAAUGAGUUAGGAUGGUGUCUAGGAGCCAGUUUGCCCUUACUAUCCAAGAACUCCGGCUGGUCGUGCAAGGUCAGCCAGACUUACUAAUUAGAUCGCAUGAUACCUUGACGAAAGAUCGAGGUCAUGAUUAUAGAGAGACCUUACAACCUUUAAUGAAAUGAGGAAGGCACGGAAACGUGGAUGGCACGGUAUGCCCUACGAAAGGCUGGCGUUUCGGAUCAUGAAUGAUUGCUGUAAAAGUGUUGCACGAAGCACAGCUUCGGUAUUCUCGUCUUGACGAAAGAUGGAAUAGAGGUACUUGUUACGUUAGGUUAGGGUAGUACUGAAUUGUACACACAAAACUACGAACAACCCA